AUGAGCUCUGCCGACUCUGGUUUGCCUGCCAACAGGGAGCGCACUCACCAGCCACAGCCACAGGUGGUACCAGGCGAAGACGCAGUCCUUAGUCCGGACGAUGUUCGAUGCUUGCUAGGAACCAAUGGCAGAAGCACCACACCCCGAAGUGUAUGGGACUCCUUGUUCCCAUGGCGGAUGCAAAGAGACUAUCGCGAACAGCAAGAUUCCAUGGCCUUAUACCCAAAGAUCCUCAGGGAGGAAAAGUCGACAUGGCGACAACUAUACGCAUUCGAUGUGCUAGUAUAUGCAUGCCUGGUUCUACAGCUAGUAAUUGCCUCAACUCUGGUCAUUCUCUCUGCAGUCAGCGGAGACCAUCAUAUUGUUGUUGCAGUCCUAGGCGCUAUUACUGCACUUAUCACCGGUGUGCUGUCCUUGGUCAAGGGUCUGGGGCAGCCUAUGCGAUUACUUAACUAUGCUGAUAGCCUCGAGAAAGUCCGGGAUGAUAUUGAAUUCUGUGAGAGGGAACUGCAAACAAGUUCCCCAGUAGUGACCUACAAGCGGGUUUUAGAUAUCUGGAAUAAGUACAUUUCUGCGAGGAAUAGCAAGAUGAAAAACCGUCCAGAUGUAUGGGCUUCUCAGGAGAGGGAUACCAGGACUUCAUGA